UUCUGCUUACGUCUUCUCCCCCUUUCAUCACCUCUGAUCUCCAGCAAUAUUUGUGCUUAGUAUUAGGAAACCAUCUUUCUACGUCUACUCUUGUAUCUAUAUGCGUGGGUGUACGUAUAUAUAUAUAUAUGGGUAUAUAUCUUUCGUCCCGAGAAACUUCAUAAUCCAACAACGUAACUUCACUCCACUCCGGAGAAGCUAAGGCAACCAAGAAGAGGUGCAGGAGGAGAAAAUUAGAGGUUUAGUAAGUCCAAGAACACCAGAGAGGCGAGAGCUAGCUAAGAUGGUUGUCCCAGAAUCAGAAGCGGCAUCUCAAGGCGAGGUGGAAUCGCCGUUGCAAUUGCAGGCAGAGCAGCAACAACAGCAGAAGAACAACGAGGGAUUGUCGUCCCUAGGGAGGCAGUCGUCGAUUUACUCGCUCACACUCGAUGAGUUCCAGCACACUCUCUGUGAGAGUGGCAAGAACUUUGGGUCCAUGAACAUGGACGAGUUCCUUAACAGCAUUUGGACCGCCGAGGAAAACCAAGCUCAUGCCCACGCUCAACCCCAUCCUCAUCCUCAUGUCGGUGCUGCUGCUGAAAGUAACGCUGUCACGCAUAAUUUUAUGCUGGGACAGGCUAGCGUUCCAGCGGAGAAAGGGAUUGCGAGGCAGCAGAGCUUAGCGAGGCAGGCUUCGCUCACGCUUCCACCGCCUUUGUGCAGGAAGACGGUGGAUGAAGUGUGGGCUGAAAUCCACAAAACCCACCAGCAGCAGCAACAGCAGCAUAAUAGUGAUGGGAAAUUUCAGAAUAAUGAUCCUGGUGGUAAUAAUAAUAAUAAUAAUAAUAAUAAUACUCAGAGACAAGUUACUUUUGGAGAAAUGACACUGGAAGACUUCCUAGUUCGAGCCGGGGUGGUUCGGGAGCAGGGCAAUACCGCCGCCCCCCCACCCGCUCGUCCCCAGCAGUAUGCAGCUGCAGCAAUGUACCCAAACAACAACACUCCUGCAGCUAUUGCCCCCACUUAUGUGGCCAGGCCAGUUAUGGGCUUAGGCGGGGGUGGCGCGGUCCCAGCUUACCAGGCACUUCCACAAGGCGGAGUUGUGGCUGAGGCACCCGGGUAUCCGAAAAGGGGAGGUGGAUAUGCACAACCAUCCCCUCCUGUUUAUGGUGGAAGAAUGGGGAACGGAAGUGCUGUCGGGUACGCACACAUGCAAGGACUAGGUUUGGGAUCCCCCGUGAGCCCCGUGUCCCCGGAUGGGUUGUGUGUGAAUCCAGGUGGGGAUGGAGGAAACCAGCAUUAUGGACUGGAUACAGGGAUACGAGGAGGAGGAGGAGGACGGAAGCGCAUCAUAGAUGGCCCCGUGGAGAAGGUGGUCGAACGCAGACAAAGAAGGAUGAUCAAGAACAGGGAAUCAGCUGCAAGAUCCCGAGCAAGAAAGCAGGCAUACACAGUCGAACUUGAAGCAGAACUGAAUCAGUUGAAAGAAGAAAAUGCUAGUCUGAAACAAGCCCUGGACGAGAUGGACAGGAAAAGAAAGCAAGAGGCUUUCGAGGAAGUGAAACCAACAACACCGACGAAGGCUCAGAAGGCGAGCAAGAAACUGAGGCUGCUUAGGAGGACCUUGAGUUGGCCCUCUUGAUGAUACAAAUUGAAGUGCAACCUAAGCAUUGAGAAAAUUAAACAACCUGACAAUUGCCAUCAUCUAUCUGUCCAGGAGACUAGAUUGUCAAAAACAUGACAGAAGCUAGACAACCUUAUUAUCAUCAACUCCUUUGUUGGCAAACCUGAAUACCUGCAUGCAGAUCUGGAACUGGAACACCCAGUUUCAUAAGUUGGCUUUGGAAAAUACCUUAGAAUAUAUAGGUUUCCUAAGUGAUAUAUAUUUUAUAUUUAUACCCAUGCUCUCAUCUCGCAUUUCUGUAAUAUAUGAAGUAUGCAUAAGACUUUUGAGUUCUGACAUA